AUGUGGAACUUCCGGUGCCUCGUCUAUCUCUGCCUCCUCUCGUUGGUCGCUGCUCAGGGAUCUACCAACACAACUUCUCCAUGGCUAACAUUAACGGGAGCUGCCCCCUUGGUGGUGGCACAUGGUGGGUUUUCAGGUUUAUUUCCUAGCUCCAGUUUCAACGCCUACACGUUGGCUGUGAUUACUAGCGUACCCGACGUCAUCCUCUGGUGUGAUGUACAAUUGACUAAAGAUAAAGCCGGGAUCUGCUUUCCAAGUCUUAAUCUCCAGAAUUCGUCCACCAUUACUUCGGCCUUUGAUAAAGGGGAAAACACCUACAAUGUGAACGGAGUCCCUGUUAAAGGAUGGUUUCCUAUCGAUUUCACCCUUGAUGACCUCGGCAAAGUCUUCUUAACGCAGGGCAUCUACUCGCGAAGUCCAGUUUUUGAUGGGUCUUCGUCAAUUCUUACCGUCAAUGACGUCGCCGACCAAAUACAACCACCGGGACUGUGGUUAAAUAUCCAGCAUGACGCGUUUUACGAGCAGCAUAAUCUGAGCAUGACGAGUUUUGUGACAAACUUCAUGAGAAAUACUUCGGCAAUUGUCUCCCAUAUAUCUUCACCCGAAGUCAAUUUCCUUACAAGUAUUGCACCAAGUUUCAGACGAAGCACAACCACCAGACUGGUGUUCUGUUUUCUAGGAAAGUCCGAGACUGAGCCUACAACCAAUCAAACAUAUGGUUCGCUUUUGAGAAACCUGACAUUUAUCGGGACAUUUGCUUCGGCCAUUGUGGUUCCUAAAUCAUAUAUAUGGCCCGUUGGCACCGACUUGUAUUUGCAACCCGCUACCACACUUGUCCAGGACGCCCACAAGGCCGGUCUCCAAGUCUUUGCUUCCAAUUUCCUAAAUGAUGUGCAACUUCCCUAUAAUUACAGUUAUGACCCUGUACAAGAGUAUCUCUCUUUUGUUGACAAUGGCGAUUUUGCUGUUGAUGGCGUCCUUUCAGACAACCCAAUAACUCCGUCUGCAGCUUUUGAUUGCUUAUCUCACAUGGGGAAAAACGAAUCACAGAAAGUAAAUGCCUUGAUAAUCUCAUCUGAAGGAGCAAGCGGGGAGUACCCUGGGUGUACGGACAUGGCAUAUGAAAAAGCCGUUUCAGAUGGUGCAGAUAUCAUCGACUGUCCUGUUCAGAUGACGAGUGAUGGAAUACCAAUUUGUUUGGGAAUCUUUACCUUCCAACUCACAUGGGAAGACAUUCAGACCUUGCAACCUGUAAUGUUCAACCCAUAUUCAAACUACACUCUGUCGAGGAACCCUAGAUUCCAAAACGCUGGCAAGUUUAUGACUUUGUCUCAGUUUUUGGACUAUGCAAGUAAUUCUACUUCCCUUUCUGGAGUCUUGAUUAACAUAAAGAAUGCAGCAUACCUAGCAUCUGGUCAGGGAAUGAGUGUAACAGAUGCAGUGAUGGGCGUCUUGAAUACAUCUUCUUACAAUAACCAGAGGAGAAAGAAAAUUUUGAUCCAGUCUUCAGAUAGCGCAGUGCUGAGAUUAUUCAAGGCAAGAAGCAACAGACAUGAGCUUGUUUAUGAGGUGGAUGAGAAUAUUCGUGAUGCACUCAACUCAACCAUCGCAGAUAUCAGUGAGAUUGCCAAUUCCGUUAUCAUUGGAAAGGAAUCCGUGUUCCCUCGCAACUCAGGAUUUCUUAGUGGACAAACCGCUGUUGUGGCAAAGCUUCAGGCUUUCAAGCUCCCUGUCUACGUACAAUUCAUGAACAAUGAAUUUGUUUCACAACCUUGGGAUUUUUUUUCAGAUCCAUACGUCGAAAUAAACUCCUACGUCAAUGGAGUCUCGGUUAAUGUCAACGGUGUUAUUACGGAUUACCCCGCCACCGCCGCCAAAUACACAAGGAACCGCUGCCUAGGGUUAGCAGCGAAUAUGACACCAGCAUACAUGGCUCCUGCACCGCCUGGCCAAUUGUUCUCAGUCAUGACACCUCCGUUAAUUCCACCAGCCGAGGCUCCUAGCCCUAUUCUCACCGAUGCUGAUGUUGCGGAAGGUCCCAUCCCUCCAGCUAGAAUACCAUCUCCGCCUUCUGGCGGUGGUUCAACAGGGCCGCCGACAGCACCACCAAGUGGUGAACCACCUAAUGCUGCCGUGGGCGUCAUGUUUUCUUUUCUUGCAGUUAUUGUUGCGGCGACAGUGUUGGUGUUUUGAGGUGGUGCUUGUUGAUGCGUAAGUGUAACCUAAUUUAGGAGAUUUUGAUUUCAAUUCAUAUUGUUGUAUUGUAAGUAUAUUAUUGAUUCAUUUGUGGAAUAAUGUUAAUUUGAAACAUAGUACAUGGUGCUUUCUUUGUUUGAAUCAAUGUGUUUUAUAAUUGUGUUAUCGUCAUUUGGUCC